AUGCCUCGCUACCUAAGCAUCCUUGCCCCCCUCGCAAUCUUCUUCGUCCUCUUCCUCAUCAGCACCUCCUCUCUCCCACCUCUCUUCACAACCCCAAACGCCCGCAUCAUCCUAACCCACCCCUCCUCCUCGCCUCCAUCCUCCCCCUCCGAUCCCGACCGCGGGCACCCAACCAACAAGACCUUUGACGCACUUGAAGCACUUUUCGGACCAACGAUCCCACCUACCGGAAUUGUUGGACAGUUGUUUUUGGCGGAUCCGCGCGAUGGGUGUGGUGUUGGGAGUCUUGUCGGUGGUGAAGCGAUGGUGGAUAAGAUCGUUGUCGUCCUCCGCGGUGGAGCCUGCACAUUCCUCCAGAAAGACCUAAACGCGGCACGGAUACCUGGUGCGAAAGCCGUGCUUAUUGGAGACGUCGAAAGGAGACCCGGGGAGCGUGGGUCUGGGGGUGAACUUGUUAGGAUGGGUCCUAUUGCUGAUGGUGAGACGAUUGAACUCCUCAAUUCAACGCCAAGGCGUGUCUCUAAUUGUGUGCUGACAACAUUGUCUUACAGCUCCCCUCCCAGCGCUCUUCAUCUCCCACACAACGUACACCCACCUCCUCUCCGCCUUCUCCCCUCCUUCCUCCCACGACCCCUCCCUCGGCCACCACCCUCCACAACCACCUACGCUCCACAUCCUCCCCUCGCCCUCUCCACCCCUCCUCUCAACCCUUCUUCUUCUAUUCUUCUCACCUCUUACGCUUCUUUCGGCACUGGUGUUCUUGUGGGCCCUUCGCCGGAGACGGGAGAGAGUCGCAAUGAGGGCGAGUGA